GUUUCAAUGGAUUUGACAAGCCCCCCACUACCUCUAAGAGACAAUGGUUUUGAGAUGGUAACCCCCGAUCCUUUUGGGACAGAGGAGGAGAACAUGCAAAAACUUAAGGAAGAACUGAAGGCAUGGAAGGAAAGAGUUGUGGAAGCUGAAAAUCUAAAAGCUGACCUUCUUUUCUCCAAUGCAUGUGCUGAGGAAGAGUGUGCUAAUGCCCAGGAGGAGCUGAUGAAGCUGAAAGGCUUGCAGGAGAAUGAUCAGGACAGUACUGUAUAUAGGGACACCCUUGAGGACCAAUUCCAUCAGCUGUACAGAGAAAACACUGAGCUGAAGAAAGACAUUGAAAAGCUCAACAAAGAACUUGAAGAACUAAUUUCAGUGCAGGCACGGAGCACUCAGCUUCAGAAAAAGGUGGCAGGAAUGAAACUGAAGUUCAGCCACAUGGAAGGCAUGAACAAUUGUUCAGAUAUGGACACUCACUGUGUUUUUAAUGCAAAUGUAAAGAUCCCCUUCAGGCUGAACCAGAACCAGGCACUGCUGACUUUUGAAGAUGAAGAAGUUGCCCAGAGACUGAUAAAAAGGGGGAAGCACACGGUGAACCUGGACAACAACAAAGUAGAUGUGAGAGUGUUGCCUGUUCCACUUGACAUGGGAGUCAAAUUUGAGCUCCACGUCACUGUUUCUGGAAGGAAGAUCAACGUUUCAAACAUACCUGAGCUGCCCAUUCCUGAGGAUUGGAUGAGAGACAAAUUAGAGCUGAAUUUCUACAAAACUCAAAAGGGAGGAGGAGGAGAAAUAGAAAAUGUGACCUAUGACAAUGAGUCUAGAAGAGCUGUGAUUACAUUCCUCAGACCUGGAGCCAGCAACAGCUUUUGGGGAUCUCCUAAAUACCCUUUCUCUGCAAAUGGAAAGUGCUACACGGUUUUUGUUUCCUCACAUGCCAACCUACGCUUGAAAAACUUUCAGACAUACUGUGGGGUUUCUAAGAAGACCAUCCUGCUGAAAGGAAUCCAAGAGGUGGAAGAGGAUGAGGAAAGUAUCCAGGACAUGAUCGAAAUCCACUUCCAAAAGCCGAGUAACGGCGGUGGGGAAAUAGAGAACAUCAAAUAUGUCUCAAAGGGAGCAGCAUAUGUUUGCUUUGAGGAGGAUACUGGGAAUGCCAGCUAGGAACUCAGAGUGAACUCCUCAAAUUCUGAGGUUUUGCUGCAUCAGAGGCAUGGGAACUGUGAUUUUAUGUUUGAAAUUUAUCCUUGUGAAAGAGGAAUUACUGCCUUUCUGAUUCGUGCAAUGGCACAGGCUCUGCAUGGAAAUGCAGCAAAACUCACUGCUUGGGCUUCCAGAUGAAAGACAUAGAGAAAGCCUUUAUCACAUUUGAAACAUCAUCUAAGAUUUAAUGCAAAGUUGCAAAUUUUGUAUCUUGUAAAUUUUAUAUAGUUCACAUACUCCAAAGUGGGAUAAAUAUAUAAUUUCCUACAUUUUGGAUCCAAAAGCCCUGUGUAAUCCCAAUCCAAAGCCUGGAACUGACCUGCUUUGUUGAAGUGCCAGAUCUUCAGAAGGUGGCUCUGACACAACUCCAGUCCUGCUGAGGUUGCUGAAGGCCACCAGAACUCAAAUACCUGAAAGAAAUCCUGUAAUUUCAUCAAAUCCAAUUUAUCCAAUUAGUAAUGGAAUUAAAAUAGAAAAAAAGGGAAAGGGGCAGUGCAGAAACAUCAGUUCCACUCAGGGAAUUGCACUUAAAAAGGAAUACCCUGGCAGGAAUGCUGCCUUUAGCUGCUGAGCUUCUACUAAUUCACAAGCUGCUUUAUUGUUUGGGUUAAAUAUUUGUUUCUACAAUUAAAUUUUUCCUCAUUUUUGUCCAUGUUUUUUAAACUAUUACAGCCCAGGAUCGAGCUGAUGCUUUAUCUAAACCAGGCUGGUUUUGUAACAACCCUGGGGAAACAGCCUGAGGGAUCUGGUGACUCCCAGGCUCUGGGAGGGUGUGUAGAGAGGGAACAGGGAAAUGCAGAGUCAG